AUCAAACCGAACAAGGUUGCCUUUUCCAUUUCGAAUACCUCAACCACUGUUUUCUCCUAUUCACUUAUAACUUCAAACACAAAAACCAAUUCAUUAUUGCCUCAACUCUCACCAUGACAACUACUUCCUUCCUAAGCCUUCCUCCUCUCACUUCAAACCAACCUUCCAAACCUUCUCCACCUCAUCUUUCAUCGGUCAAAAACGAAACAUGUUGUUGGAAGAGACGAUGCGUUGUCAUGGGAGUGGCUUCCUACGUGAUUGGAGUAGAAAUGUGCAAUUCAAUCACACUGUCUCAUGAAAUGCUUCAAAUCACCACCUUCCCGAUUGCUCACCAACUAUCCAAUGUUUCUGACAGCGCCGCCAAAUGGAGCCAGAAAAGAACCUGCCCUCCUUGGCAAGGCAAUUCACUCGAAACCAUCGUGCCGGAGAAUCUUCCACGGCCCUCCGCACGCCGGCGAUACGAGGCCGUCCGUUCCUCCUCCAAGACUGCGCCGCCGCUCUCCGCCCCAACUAAACUUAUUCCAACCAACCACGGCAGUUGCUUCUCCAUGUGAAAUUCAACAUGCAAUAGCAAUCAUCACUUACUUGUACAUAACUAUUGUUUGUUAUUAAUAAUUGAUUCCCGUUUUACACGGAUUAAUUU